CGGCGGCCGGCAGCCGGGAGCCGGAACCAGCAGGUAGACCGAGGCGGGAUCCGUGCGCCGCGCCGCUGAGGCGCAGCAUGUGAAGGGAAGACGGCGUCCAGCGCGGGGCGAGCCUCUCAGCCGGCCGGCAUGGCUACGACGGCCGAGCUCUUCGAGGAGCCUUUUGUGGCCGAUGAAUACAUUGAACGUCUUGUAUGGAGAACCCCAGGAGGAGGUUCUAGAGGUGGGCCUGAAGCAUUUGAUCCAAAAAGAUUAUUAGAAGAAUUUGUAAACCAUAUCCAAGAACUCCAGAUAAUGGAUGAAAGAAUUCAAAGGAAAGUAGAGAAAUUAGAGCAACAGUGUCAGAAGGAAGCCAAGGAAUUUGCUAAGAAGGUUCAAGAGCUCCAGAAGAGCAAUCAGGUUGCCUUCCAACAUUUCCAAGAACUGGAUGAGCAUAUUAGCUAUGUAGCAACAAAAGUCUGUCACCUUGGAGACCAGUUGGAGGGGGUAAACACACCUCGACAACGGGCAGUGGAGGCUCAGAAAUUGAUGAAAUACUUUAACGAGUUUCUAGAUGGAGAAUUGAAAUCUGAUGUUUUUACAAAUUCUGAAAAGAUAAAGGAGGCAGCAGACAUCAUUCAGAAGUUGCACCUAAUUGCCCAGGAGUUACCUUUUGAUAGGUUUUCAGAAGUAAAGUCAAAAAUUGCAAGCAAAUAUCAUGAUUUGGAAUGCCAGCUGAUUCAGGAGUUUACCAGUGCUCAAAGAAGAGGUGAAAUCUCUCGAAUGAGGGAAGUAGCAGCAGUUUUACUUCAUUUUAAGGGUUAUUCCCAUUGUGUCGAUGUUUAUAUAAAGCAGUGCCAGGAGGGUGCCUACUUGAGAAAUGAUAUAUUUGAAGAUGCAGCAAUACUCUGUCUACGAGUUAACAAGCAAGUUGGAGAUAUCUUUAGUAAUCCAGAAACAGUACUGGCUAAACUUAUUCAGAAUGUAUUUGAAAUCAAACUGCAGAGUUUUGUGAAAGAUCAGUUAGAAGAAUGUCGGAAAUCAGAUGCAGAGCAAUACCUCAAAAAUCUCUAUGACCUAUAUACAAGAACUACCCAUCUUUCCAGCAAGUUGAUGGAAUUUAACUUAGGUACUGAUAAACAGACCUUCCUGUCUAAACUUAUCAAAUCCAUUUUCAUUUCCUAUUUGGAGAACUAUAUUGAGGUGGAGAUUGGGUAUUUGAAAAGCAGAAGUGCUAUGAUCCUACAGCGCUAUUAUGAUUCAAAAAACCAUCAAAAGAGAUCCAUUGGCACAGGAGGUAUUCAAGAUUUGAAAGAGAGAAUUAGACAACGGACCAACUUACCAUUGGGGCCAAGUAUUGAUACACAUGGGGAAACUUUCCUGUCCCAAGAAGUGGUGGUUAAUCUUUUACAAGAAACUAAACAAGCUUUUGAAAGAUGCCAUAGGCUUUCUGAUCCUUCUGAUUUACCAAGGAAUGCCUUUAGAAUUUUUACCAUUCUUGUGGAAUUUUUAUGUAUUGAGCAUAUCGAUUAUGCUUUGGAAACAGGACUUGCUGGAAUUCCAUCUUCAGAUUCUAGGAAUGCAAAUCUCUAUUUUUUGGAUGUUGUACAACAAGCCAAUACUAUUUUUCAUCUUUUUGACAAACAGUUUAAUGAUCACCUUAUGCCACUAAUAAGCUCUUCUCCCAAGUUAUCUGAAUGUCUUCAGAAGAAAAAAGAGAUAAUUGAGCAAAUGGAGAUGAAAUUGGAUACGGGCAUUGACAGGACAUUAAAUUGUAUGAUUGGGCAGAUGAAACAUAUCUUGGCUGCAGAACAAAAGAAAACAGAUUUUAAGCCAGAGGAUGAAAAUAAUGUUUUGAUUCAGUAUACUAAUGCCUGUGUAAAAGUCUGUACUUAUGUAAGGAAACAAGUUGAGAAGAUUAAAAACUCCAUGGAUGGAAAAAAUGUGGAUACAGUUCUGAUGGAACUUGGAGUGCGUUUUCAUCGACUUAUUUAUGAGCAUCUUCAACAAUAUUCCUAUAGCUGUAUGGGUGGCAUGCUAGCAAUCUGUGAUGUGGCUGAAUACAGGAAAUGUGCCAAAGACUUCAAGAUUCCAAUGGUAUUACAUCUUUUUGAUACUCUGCACGCACUUUGCAACCUUCUGGUAGUCGCCCCAGAUAAUUUAAAGCAAGUCUGCUCAGGAGAACAACUGGCCAAUCUGGACAAGAACAUACUUCACUCCUUCGUACAACUUCGUGCUGACUAUAGAUCUGCCCGUCUUGCUCGGCAUUUCAGCUGAGGGUGAAUUUACAAAGGAAAUGCAUUGUGUUUCAGAAAUCCCCGGUUGACAGAAAGCACAGGAGAUUCCUUAAGACAUAGCCAACAUUUUAUGAGGAAAAUAAUGACUGGAAGAAAACAGCAGCUGUACCUACCCUUGGGUUACAUUUGAAAUUUGGACACCACUAGCUAUAUUUUGCUUUUGUUUUCCCUGCUAAGUUGAAUUUCAUGCUUUAAUUUAUAAAUUUAAAAUUCUGUAAAAUUACAUGCCACUGUUUUCAUUCUCAGAGAUGUUGGUAUCGGAAGGCAAAUGGUAUUUUACCAGUGUUCUGUUCUUGGUCUUUAACAUAUUCUAUCUGGAAAUUUUAUCAUUCUGUUUUGCAAUAAUAGUAAGUGAAAUACAGCAAAACUACAGUUGUUAUUCAAUUUUUAGUGAACUUUUGCAGCACUGGUAAUUGUUAAUCAAAUUGUUUUAGGUUGUCCUAAAGAACUUUUUACCUGUUUCAAAAAAUUAACAGUUGAAUGUAACUUAUGUAGUUGAUUGAUUGGACUUUUUCUGAGGUACAACAGUGCUACUCCAAGAAAAAUGGUCUAAACGAAACUAAAAUAAUGAAAUGUUUAUGUAGACAUUAGGAGCAGAUAAGAAUAUAUCUGCUUUCUGGGUAAAACUUAAAGUUUACUAUUUCUUAUUCAUAAAUAGAUUUUAAAUCAAUGCUAGCAACAAAUUAAUGAGUUACCUUAUUUUAUGUUUCACUUAAGAUAAGGUAGAGGACCUUAGCUAAAGGACUCUGUUUGUUUGUUAUUUUAAUAUUUCAAGGGAAGUGCAAAGGUGAAGCACAGUCUAAAAUGGUGCAUACAGGAAACAGCAUGUUCGCAGCAGUGCUGUCCUUCAAGAUUUUCAUUGUCAUGCUAACCCUGAACAAGAUGGGAUGGCUCAACAUGCGGAGAGUUUGGGUACAUAAUAUUACGUAUUUAAGUUUGGAAACAAGCUUUGCAGAAAUUACCUUUUAGACUUAUGGAUUCUUUGUCCUUUUUUCCAGGUAUUUCUUGAAUAUGAUUAAUUGGAUUGGUUUAAUAUGGUGACAUAAUAAAUCACAAAAAAUUUCAAUAUCAAGUGAAAACUUAGAAAAGCCAUUGUUCUAUCAGCCCUAUAAACUUACUCUAUGAGAAUACAUUCUAAGCUACAUGUAGUGGUUUGGCUUCCAUUGUUUUGUUCAUAGUCUUCUAGGAACCAGGUAAACUUGGAUGUUCAGUUCAUUAGUAGCAGUUUUUCCCUUUAAUGUAGGCUUGUUGGCCUAAUUUUGAGAAACUGCUUUUUUUCUAAGAACCUGAUUCUGAAUGACCAUCAACCUUACCAAACCUUCCAGGUCCAGACCUAACCUACUACUUUAGUUACUGUUCAUUGAAUUUUCCUUUUCUGUUGAGCCCGGUGUUAUCAAGAUAAGCAAGGGCAAUGGAGUUUGCCAACUUUUCAGUGCAUUUUAGGACAUUGUGGCAGCUUUGGAAGGCUUUCCAGAUUUCUAUUCCUCAGACAGGAGAGCCAGAACCAGUUUUGGAUAUAAGAAAAAGUCAUAUGCUUGUACUGUUGCCAUUUUAGAAAGCUCUGAUGUGAAUUCAAAUUAUACCUCUGUUACUUAAAGCCAACACUUUUAAGGCAGUAGUUUUACUGGCCAUUUGAACUCUUUGUACAGUGUCAAUUUGUAAAAAAAAAAAAAAGAAAAAGAAAAAGAAAAAAAGUCUCAAAUAAAACAAGAGAUUAAAUUUUAAGACUUCCAAAUCAGAGAAGCACUUCAAAUUAUUUUGUUUGGAUUAGUUUUUAAAGUGUAAAGCAGAUACUUGUUGGGUAGAUAUUUUGUUAUUUCCAUGCUUGAGUUCUGUGCAACAUUUUCCAUUAUGUCCAUUGACAGGACAGUGACAAAACUUCUUCAGUGAAUACCUAAUUUAGAAGUGUUAACAUUAAUGCUCAAUAAACAAAUUCCCUGCAACUGUUUUUUUUAUUUCACUCUAUUUUUACAUUUUAAGGACAUUCAUACUGAAUUUUAUAGUUUUUAUUUAAAAUUUGAAGGUAUUUUUUUUUAUAGCAUAGCUCUUCUUCUUUUUUUAAUAGCAGAAAUGUAUUUAACUGAGUAACCAAGACUUAGAAUUUUAGCUUAAUCAGAUAGUAUUAAGGGGGAAAAAAUGUGCUGGGUAAACAAUAUGUGUCCUUGGUAUUCUGAUUUUAAAAGUAUUUUCAUAUACAGCCAUCACAAAAUUUAGCUCAAAAUUCACUACUUGAGAUGAUAAGUAAAUAAUGUGGUUUUAUAUGUACAUGGGGCAGUUUUUAGUUAUAAUGGAACUUAAUAAGUUUUAUCAAAGUUUAAAUAAGGAUAAUCUUUCUAAUUACCCACAGUUCCAUAUGAGCUAAGCAUAAGUUUUUGAUAAUAUAUUGAAGUUGAAAAUACGCUUUAAACUCUUGCAAAUUGUUUUUCUAUAUACUUUUUUAAAGUUUUUUUUAUUGACGACUUCCAUGAUUGUAAACAAUAUCCCAUGGUAAUUCCUUCACUCCCUCCACUUUCCCCUUUAUAUACUUGGGUUUAAACCUGAGUAUAUUAUGUGAAAUACAGCAAAGGAAAUGUAACCUCUAAAUUAUAUUUAAAAUGAGAGUACAUAGAGUCUUUGUGAAGAAUUAUCUACUGACAUCUGGGUGAGUGGCUUUUUAGCAAAUGACCUUCUAACCAUUACAAGACAAUGAUUUGCCUCAUUCUGAGCAACAUAGUUGAAAUAUCCCUAAGGCCUUCCAGGUUAAAAGAUGCUGCUAACAUAGGUUAAAUUAAAAUUUAAAGCUGUUAAUUUGUUUUAUUUUUAUCCUUUAUCCAUUUUUCUUUCACUGCAAAAUAUUUUACUUUCUGAAUACUGGUCUUCUGCCUCACUGUGAAAUGAUUUAAUUACCAGCCAAUGAGUUGAUUCCAAGUAGAGAAUUUACUGAUUCUUUGUGAUGUCUUUGCCCAUCUGUGAUGGUAGAUGUUCAGAUACUGACUACGAAUUGUUCAGAUAGAUGAUGAUUGCAGAAACGCUGCAACCCUUACCCCCAGGGCGGUCACAUAUAUAAGGUAGUGAUGAAGUUAUGCUUGAAUUGUUUGUGGGAUAUAGUUAAGGCUCGUUCAUUGCAUGUUUUGUAGGUAAUCUAACAUGUUUCUGAUAGGAUACUCUGCCAUUGCACACACAUUGUCCACCCAUUGCUCAGAAGUGUGAGGUGUUUCCCAGAAGUGCUCUUGAGUUCUCCUGGUUGCUAAUGGAAAGUCUGACUACCGAGCACCCUAUGCUUUAUCCACUUAGCGGAACUCUGUUCAGUUCCUGGACUACUCCUCUGUGCUUGAGAAGCCUUAUCCUGUAUUAUAUGAUGUCCUUGAAAAGAAAAGACCAGUCUGUAUUGUUACACUAAAUAAAUCUGCAUGAACUAAAAAACAGAACUUUAACAUAUCAAUGCAUAAUAAAGAUAAUUACAGCUACA